AUGAAGGUCGCAUGUUUACAGUUCGCUCCAGAAGUGGGCAAAUUGCAAGAAAACAUUGCAAGAGCAGACACCAUACUACGCGAAACCCAACUGCCUUUGGACAUAGCUUGGCUCGUCCUUCCUGAGCUUGCAUUCACAGGCUACAACUUCUUCUCUCUCGAGGAAAUCAAACCAUUUCUGGAACCCACAACAGCCGGAAUAAGCACAAAAUGGGCUAUCCAAGCUGCCCGCGAGUAUAAUUGUCACGUAACAAUCGGAUACCCAGAGAUCACAACUGCCACCGACACACUGCCCUCCACCCAGUACAACUCGACUGUCACCAUCUCCCCCCAAGGUACCAUCCUAGCAAAUUACCGCAAGUCCUUCCUCUACUAUACAGAUGAAACAUGGGCGACCGAAGGCCCUGCCUCACACGAACAUAACCUCUCCAAGCCCUUAUCCCCGGACACUCCUUUCUUCUCCGGUCCCCUCGGCGAGCUAGGUAAUGUCACGUUAGGCAUCUGCAUGGACAUCAACCCCUACAAGUUCACCGCCGCGUGGGAUGCAUACGAGUUCGCCUCCACAGCACUGAAGAACAACACGCACCUCAUCUGCGUAUCCAUGGCCUGGCUGUGCCAUCUCACGCCCGAAGAACUCAUGCGCGACUCGAAUCAACCGGACGUUGCUACCAUUGCGUACUGGGUGGAGAGGUUCCAGCCGAUUGUCGAGGCGAGACUGGAGAAGCCGGUGUUUGUCGUGCUGGCGAAUCGGAGUGGGAUGGAGAAGGGCGUGUGCUAUGCGGGGAGCAGUACGGUGAUCAAGAUCGAUCAAGGGGUCGUUAGUCUGUAUGAGACGGCCGGGAAGAGCGACGAGAGGUGCUUGGUGGUGGAUCUGAAUGACCGACCGAAGUUCCAGGUGAGGAGUGGGAAGUAG